UAAUUUUGGUUCUAUGUUCUUUGUUCGAUUUUUAAAGUAGUGCAGUAUUGAGCUACACCGUAAAUACGUAAUUUUUUCGUUCCGCAAUUUGUUCCAAAGAAGUGGUAUCCCAAAUUAAUUUUAGUGGUUAACCUGCAUAUUAACUUUAAUAUUAACGAAAUGUUCCCGUUUUGCGCAUUAGUGUUGAUAUUCAGUUUUGGAAUAACCCAUUCGCCAGCGCAAUUGGAAAUUGACACUCCCAAUUGCGCUGCAUUGUACCAUUAUUUGGAUAAUAAUAGCACUCAGUCGUUAUUCGCGGUGAAUUUAGAAAGGAUGAAAGUCAUGAUGGCUGCAAGCCAGCGCUCCGGAGAGAAACAAGUCAAUGAUAUGGAUACUGAAGGGGUUUUGCUGCUUUUCGAUUGUCUGAAGGAAAACGUUCAGAGCAACACCCUCAUCAAGGUACCUACAGAACUGUCAAUCCUUGUUAGUGAAAUGUUUGUGAUACCUUACUUGGAGCCGUUUGCCAAAUACACGUCUUUCACGGUUGAACUGCUGGACGAAGAUGGUGCACUUCAGUUGAACGUUACGUGUACUACCAAAUCGGCAAUUACAUUGCCGGACCCGCUAACACUCCUUUGUGAUUUCGGUGAUGAGGACGAUGAGGAGGAAGGAAAGAGCCUACCCUUAAAAGAUCGGCUUGCGUUGUUAGGCUAAUAUACAUAAGAGAGUCAACUACGUUUUGUAAAAGAA